UCCAAGAUGGCGGAUGGUUCCCUUGAAAGUAGUUCAGCGGAGGCUCUGAUGAGCCUGAAAUGUGCUGGGAAAAAUUCACCAAGUCCUUAUAAACGGCCAUGUCGAGAUCGAAAGAGAAAUCGCCGCCUUGAUGAUUAUGCAGAUAUGACAUCAUCUGCAACAAGAUCACCAAGAAAACCAACCAAAAUUAGCCUAGCAUCCUCCUCACCACGCUUACCAACCCCAAUGAGUACACCUGAUAAAAGAGCUGCUCAAAAGAUUGGUUCUAGAUUAAAAAAUUUAUUAAAGUUGCCUAAAGCCUAUAAGUGGUGUAUAUAUGAAUGGUUCUAUUCCAAUGUCGAUAGGCCUCUCUUUGAAGGAGAGAAUGAUUUUUGUGUGUGCUUAAGAGAAAACUUCCCUCAACUUAAAACCAGAAAGUUGAGUAGAACGCAGUGGGCAAUGAUUCGAAGACUGAUGGGUAAACCAAGAAGAUGUUCACCUGCAUUUUUUGCUGAGGAGAGAUCAGCAUUGGCUGCUAAAAGGCAAAAAGUACGUCUUUUACAGCAACGGAAAGUCAGUGAUUUAUCCGAUAUUAAGGAUCUACCUGAUGAGAUUCCAUUACCUUUAGUUAUAGGUACCAAAGUUACAGGUCGGUUGCGGCAUCCACAGGAUGGUUUAUUUACUGGUCAGAUAGAUGCUGUAGAUACACAGAAUGCCACAUAUAGGGUUACUUUUGAUAGAGCUGGUCUUGGAACACACACUGUUAAUGAUGUGGAAGUCUUGGCAAAUGAGCUUCAAGAAACCAUGCCAUUAGCAGCAUUUAUUCAAAAACAAAGACCCAGGUCAGCUUUUUUGACACCACCAAGAUUUUCAAUGGGUCCUUUACAGUCUCCUCAGUUAGAACAUGAUCCAGUUUUAGGCACUUCACCAUUGAGGAGUAGAUUACAGGGACUAGAUGGGGAUACACUUGGUGGCUUUCCAGUCAAAUUCCUUGUACUAGUGACCAGGUUAUCAAAAAUUUUAAUGAUUAAAAAAGACCACAUACAGCAACUAAAAGAUUUGAACACACAAGCAGAAAGAUGGUAAAAAUCUUACCAGGAACCUAUCAGUUCAGAAUUUCAACGGAAAUAUGCAAAUGUUGUGUUAGAGUUGGAGAGAUUGAAUGCUGAUUUAAAUAGUUAUCUUAUUGGUGCUCAACAGUAUUGUCAAGAGAUUGCUCCAGAACAAGGAUUACAGCCAAUAGAUCAGUCGUCUGAAUUAAGGAGAAAAUGUGAUGAUGAAGCUAUAGAAUUGGUUUCACAAGCAAAUGCAACACUAGCUCCAAAAAGUGUUAGAAGUCAGUCCUUGACAAAACUAGUUUCUGUAUUGAUAUCAUUGAUGUUGCAGAUAAAGACAUUGGCUGAAAGUGAUUUGAAUUCUUUUGAACUCAAAUCGUUAACAGAUUCUUUAGAUGAAAUAAAAAAGAGAAUAGAUGUAUCCAAUUAUAGUUGUUUCCAGGACAAUGUGGAGAUUCAUGUGGCUCAUGUUCAAAGUGGAAUGAGUCAGAUGGGUAAUUUACAUGCCUUUGCCGCCGAACAACAACUUUACUCGUAAUACUGACCUACAAGGAAUGCUUGAAUGUACACAAACCAGCACCUCAAAAGCAUUUCCUAAUUCUGUUAUUUCUUUGUUUUUAUAAUUUUGCAGUGAGUAUUGUAUUACUUAGCCUGCUAUCUUCUUUUUGAUGGUUGUCUGGAGAUUAUUAUCUGGUUUAAAAUGAUUGGGUUAUACUAUUGUUAUGAAGCUAAUGCUUGUUUGACUGUUAUGUUACUUAUUCAAUUUAUAUACUGUAGAAUACUUUAUUUUCGCUUGGAAUUUAUUUUCGCUAUUUUCGCUGAAGGGAU